CCGGACCUGAGCGUUUUGUUCGUUCGGCUCGCGUGAGGCCGGGGCGGCUUCUCAACAUCAGCCCCGGGGCUGGCCCGAUCGCCACGCAAGCAAGCAAGCAAGCACCUGCCCGCCGACGCCGCCACCACCGCCGCCACCAUAUGGGUCGCAGAGACUGCGCACCGUGCCCGGGGGACAUCCGGCUCCCAUCAGGCCCCGCCUGCCCUGCCCGCAGACUCAGAGCUGCCAGGCACAGCUCGCUGCAGGGUAAUGCGGGCUGAGCAGGCUCCAGCGGGGUGGCUGGAGUGGGCUGAGGUCCAGAACAGAUCCCCUUCUGAAGGUGGAAACUGGGAUUCUAGCCCCGCUCGGCCGGGUGAAUUCUGUGGCCUUGGGCAAGUGUUUCCCCAGCCUCUUGGUUCUCGCGUUUGCAAAAAAAAAUGAGGCAGCCUUGUUUCUCACAGGAGUGAGGGCCUCCGCCAACCUCUUUAACCUGGUUCCUGGGCUCCUACCAUUCUGUUGAAUCCCUUUAACCUGGCCCUCUAAGAGCCGGUGCCAGAGCUGUGAGGUGUAGAAAAUCUGAGUGUCGUGAGCUGAAGACUUCUGUGUCGACUCAAAUCUACCUCUCCAGCUCUCUUCCACGCUGCGGCAGCCACCCCAAAAUUUCACUUCUACCACCUCCUGGGUCGGUUUUUCAGUCCAAUCAAAUCUGAGAUCAGCGAAGAGGACAAACUCAGGGUCUUCAGACACAGGACAGAGCUCACCAUCUUUCUCAAACCCCAUAAUCUUGUAUUCUCUGCUUCCCAGUCCCACAGGCUAGUCUGAGUGAGUCUAGGUUUGAGGAUGAUAACUGGGAACAAGGCAAACAUAGUUCCUACCCAUUUGUGUGGAGCUUACAGUCUGGUGAAGGAGGCGCCGGUGCCUUCAUGAACUAAGAGGAGGGUAUCUUCAGACUGGCAAAUGCUAGAGAGGAAAUGGACCCGAUGGGUGGCUGGGAGUCUCUGCCAGGCUUAAGCCUCCACUGAAAGAAAGCGCAGAGUCAGCCUGGGCUCCUGCGGACACGCGAUGUGCGCCUCAGCAUUUUCCGUUGUCACCCCAGCGGGCUGGGACCAGAUCGGUGGCUCCACUGCCUGUGCAGACCAGGGCUGACCAAAGCCUGCCAGCUGACUCAGCUGGCCCACCGCGCCAGGAUCCCACAGGGAGAGGCAGCCAGACGCGGGUAUAAAGCGGUGCGCACCAGGCUCGCGCGCAGCCUGUCCAUUCUCCGGGUGUGCGGUGCUCACCCAUCCCCGGCAUGAGCAGCGCCCCCGCGCCGGGCCCGGCGCCCGCCUGCCUCACACUCUGGGAUGAGGAGGACUUCCAGGGUCGUCGCUGCCGACUGCUGAGCGACUGUGCGAACGUCUGCGAGCGAGGAGCCCUGCGCAGGGUGCGCUCGGUCAAGGUGGAAAACGGCGCAUGGGUGGCCUUCGAGUACCCCGAUUUCCAGGGACAGCAGUUCAUUCUAGAGAAGGGAGACUAUCCCUGUUGGAGUGCCUGGAGCGGCAGUAGCAGCCACCACAGCAACCAAUUGCUGUCCUUCAGGCCAGUGCUCUGUGCGAACCACGGCGACAGCCGUGUGACACUGUUUGAGGGGGAAAACUUCCAAGGCUGCAAGUUUGAACUCAGUGAUGACUACCCGUCACUGCCUUCCAUGGGCUGGACCAGCAAAGAUGUGGGUUCCCUCAAAGUCAGCUCUGGAGCGUGGGUGGCCUACCAGUACCCAGGCUACCGAGGCUACCAGUACAUUUUAGAGCGGGACCGGCACAGUGGGGAGUUCCGUACCUACAGUGACUUUGGUACACAGGCCCAUACUGGACAGCUGCAGUCCAUUCGAAGAGUCCAGCACUAGGCUUCGCAUUCCCAGUCAUCAUCACC